AUUUUUAAGGUGCAAAGUAUUUCCUAAGUAGACCAAACAUUUAACCGCUCAAUUUUCAAAAAUGUCUAUCGCGAUAACAAUACAACUACAAUGGACUAACACAGCCUGGUCACACUGUCGCUGGCCCAGCACAACACAACAACAAAUUCCAAUUGGAAAUAGAAACGAAACAAUGCAGAUUGCUGCAUUAUUAUACAAGUGAAGAGAGUGCCAUUUUCGGCUGCUAUUUUUUGCCCGUCUCUGUGUCUGUGUGUGUGGUGUGCAUGUGUGUGCUGUGCGCUGAGGUGUUUGUUGGCGAACGACAGCGAAAGGCGACGAGCAAACAAACAAACAAACAACACACAGGACUUUUCUUUGGCAGGAAAUCUGAUAUAGCCGGGGAUCGGAAUCGAAAUCGAAAUCAGAAUCAAGAAUCAGUAUCGAAGUCGGAAUUGAAAUUGAAAUCAGUUAUACAUACGGAUUGAGAAUCGUAGGAGCUUUGCAAGGGGCAAGUGACUGUAAUCGCAGGAAUCAUCGUUCAAUGACAGCAGCCGCGACAGUUUCUCCCGUUGCUGUUGCUGCUUUUGCCGCUGGCCACGCCGCCUCUCUCGCCACCGCCUACACUCCCGAUAGCGCCCCCUUUGCGUUGGAGAAAGCUGAAGUGCACAGUUAACAACGCCUCAGAGCGACGGAGACGGAAGGAUUUCGUUGUGGUCCUGGUCAAGAAAGAAGACCACGUUAAGGACAGACAACCGUAGGAGAUUGCAGUCUAUAACUAUCGUAUAUAGAGGCCAAUAGGAACCAGGAGAUUAACGUCACAAUGGUGAAGACGUUUCAGGCCUAUCUACCGUCCACGAAUCGGACCUACUCAUGUGUUCACUGCCGCGCCCACCUCGCUUCCCACGACGAGCUCAUUUCGAAGUCGUUCCAGGGCAGCCAGGGUCCGGCUUAUUUGUUCAACUCGGUGGUGAACGUUGCCUGCGGGCAAACGGAGGAGCGUGUGCUCCUGACCGGCCUCCAUGCGGUGGCAGACAUCUACUGCGAGUGCUGCAAGACGCCGCUGGGCUGGAAAUACGAGCACGCCUACGAGUCCAGCCAGAAGUACAAGGAGGGCAAGUUCAUCAUAGAGCUAGCGCACAUGAUCAAGGAGAAUGGCUGGGAUUGAAGGGCUGUCGCAUAAUGGGCUGAAAAAAUCAGGAGCACACCCGUAUCAGGAUCAGGAAAACAGGAACAGCAGCAGCAGCAGCAGCGGCGGCGGCGGCGGGAAAAGCAGCGAGUUCACCACACAAAACAAAACACACACGCGGCAAAUGGCAGACAUAGAGUGUUUACAAAAUGGCUAAAGUCUGGAAAAAUUGGAAAGGAAAAGAGAGAUGAAGGGAAGAAAAGUUAGGGAAACCGAAGAGCGGGAUCGAGUUUUAGGGUACUAGAAUAUAUAUAUGCUAUUAUAUAGUGCAUAACUCGUCGUAUCUAUUGAACAAAAAAAACCAAUCAAUCAGACACACUGAUACACCAUACAUACGAUCGACAACACCCAUCAAAUAGAAAGCUUGAUUGGGCUUGGGAAGGAUCUCUGCGCUGGCCGCCAUCUAGGAUAUCCACACAUUCAUUUCGAUAUCAAUAACCAUAACCAUUUAUUCCUUUAACCAUUCAACCAUUCAACCAUUUUACGUUGCAAGUUGAUUUAGUUAUGUGUACUUUCUGUGCAGAGUCUGCCUCAAUUCGAUGAUUUCAAAAACAAAACUGGCAACAGCCACACGCAAAACAGAACUUGCACUGCCAAUAAACAAGAAACAUGUUUAGCAACCAAUAACAAAAGAACAGCAGCAGGAACCAUUUGAAACAUAUGCGAAAUCAAAAAUCGGGAAAGCAAAUUGACAACACUCACCGACAUACACAAAUACACAAACACACACACAAACGUACACAUACAUACAUUUUGAACGUAGUAGUUAUAUUUAAUAAAAUAAUUACAAUUAAUUAUUUAAUGCAAUUUAGCUUGAAACAAACAAAAAAACACACACGAAAAACGAAAAAGCGAGAUAAACUUAAAGAACAUUUUUUGUCAAUGUGUAAAGCGAAUAGAACAAGAACAAGAUAAAGGCAAAGGUGGUAGGGUGCACAAGACCCGCCACCAGGUGGCGUCCAGGUGAUGUCCCUUGGAUGCCAUUUGCUCCUCGGGAUUGAAGCACCGGUGCACGGGGGAUAUUGGGGGUGGGAAAUGAAAGAAAUUAUAUAAAAUACAAGCAUACGACAUGCCUAACUUUAGAAAGAAUAUGAAUAUGUAUAUUUAUGUAUGUGAGAGAAAUGCGUAUUUAUGUCGCAAAAUAUCGUACAUUAAUCAAAUCGAAGGGAAGCCGAAGGAAAGCAAGGAAACGCAUAUAUAUACAAUAUAUAAAAUAUAAAACGAUGGAAAAAGAAAAGAGAGCGGUCAUAUUUUUAAAGCAAAACGGAUUAUGAAAUAUGUAUAUGCAAAAAAAUAACUGCCAAGAACUAUUCAAGUUAAAUGAUGUUCUCUAAGUAGUUAUAUAAAUGUAUCUGAGGAAUAUAUUUUGUGGUAGCAUUAAAACUAAACUAAUAUAAAAAGAGAAUCAAGAAAAUGAAUACAACAGAAGAGUUCAAUAAAACCGAAAACAAAAACAAAUACAAAUACAAAUCAAAUCAAAUCCAUUUCGAAAACGAGUAAAAUUUCAAUUGCUGAAUACUUAUUUGUGUCCUUAGUUCUUCUCAUUCUCUUAAGCAAUUGGCCGUACUUAAACUCGAUCUAUAAAUAGAUAUAUAUAUAUAUAUAUAUAUAUAUAUAAAUGUAUAUGUAUCGUAUCUUUCCAACUUAAAACCUAGUUUUGUCGAAGCUUUGAGCUUUGUUCGACCAUUUAGGCAAUGACUACUGUACUCCAUGCAUGUGAUGCACCAUGAACGAAACACAAAUUUUGAAAAACGAAAUUCAUACAAAAGCAAAGAACGAAAAACAAAAAACUGAUGUUAGUAUUUACAUACAUACAUGCCACUAUACAUACUUGCAUACAUACAUACUAAAACGAGACCACCUUUACAUUAAAAAACAAACAAAAAACAAAACAUUAAAACACAUCCAAGUACAGUCAGCGACAUGAAGCCGCAUGCAGCCGAUUAAGAUGUAUUAAAAUCUCAAUUCAAGAUUGCAAUAAAGCGCAUUUUUAGCUCAAA